UAAACUCUUAAGUGUCCUCUCGGUUAAUGAUCAGUGUGGCCUCUGGCCAGUAGUCUCAUCUGCACAGUGCAAUGGGUGGAGCGUAUCCAUGGGUUACCGGACGGGACAAGGGUGCAGGAGCAAGCAGAGUAACCCUCAAGACCUUUUUUAAAAGAAAGACAAGCCAACUGCUGGUCUACAUUUGCUUAAUGAAGAAAAACAACACCUCUGUCCAGGUGAGGUUACUACUAAAUCUUUGCAAUCGUUUCACUCAUGCAGUUAUGAGUUGUGACAACCAGCUUGAAGCUAUUACCUGUAUGUUGUCGUGAACAUGUCAGCCAUUUCAUGUGGCUUGGAAACAUUGCUCCUAUUACUGUGCAAACAAUGAGUCCAUGUACAAAUACUAUCUGUUAUCUGCCACUUUCAGUGCUCCAUUGUGACCUAAUGGUUUGUGGUUAGCUGUGAAUGUAAGCCCUGUUUCACAAUGUAUAAUUGAGUCACUGGCAGUGAUAUGGCGGUUGAGACGCAGGUUGGUAACAGUGGCAGAAGUCUUUUCCACUAACAGACCCCGUGGACGAUAUGAUACCUGGCUGGCAUCGACUCUCCCAACCUGGGACGGUUGACCAUCGGGCCUUCCUGGACUCUGAGCAGCGGAGGAGAGAUCUGGAUGUCAGUCUGGCUCAGGUCCAAAAUGCACUGCAGGAACAGAGGGUCAGAAUGCUCCAGAGAAUGGGCCCAGGGAGCCCACAUAAACUACCCCAGAUACUUGUUUUGAAUCUUGGGCAGAUCAGUCGACCAGUAAAUCUCUAUCCCAGUCUGUUAUCAGAGAACAUCUACAUCCCACCAUAUGGUGACCUUUACACAAGAGUGGGCAGGCUAGAGAUGGACUCAGAGAUCAUUAGCGCCCAAUUGGACCAGGUUCUCUGUUCUAGGGGAAAGUGUCUCUACAGGAAUGGACCCUCACCCCAACAACACAGCUUGACUCCUGAGAAAUUAUUCUGUACCGUUCACCCACAGUGUCAGAGGGAGGACCAGAGUAUUACCUCUCAGCUUAUUGCUCAAGCAGUGGACAAAGGACAACUUCUGAAAGAGCGAGACAACCUUGAGCGUCUGCUGCAGGAGUCCAGGGCCCAGCAGCAGCUGAUGGAGCAGAAGAGGGAGGCCCAGAUAACAGCCCUUCACUCCCAGCUGUACCAGGCACGCUCCAGCCUCCAGGAGACCCACAGAAACACACUGGCCACACAGGCAGAGCUACAUGGCAGCAAGCAGAUAAAUGAGUCCCUGCUACAGGAGGUGGCGUCUCUCAGACGGAGGCCUGGGGCUGCGGAGGAGCGGGCCUCCCUGAUGGAGAGUGACGGACGCCUGCUCAGGGCUCGCAUAGCAGCACUGGAGACUGAGCGGGAGGAGCUGCUUCAACAAGGAGACCUUGCCACAGGGAGACGACACCCCUCAGCCUUUGGGAGCGCUUGGGAAACGGAUGUGGAAGAUUCCAAAAAGUCGGAGGGGUUGAGGGAGGAGAGUGCCGCGUAUGAGAUGGAGGAAGAUGAAGAGGAGAGGGUACAAGGGAAGGAUGUGUCUGUGGACUUAAGACUUAAGAGCCGUGAGGUGCCGCCCUCUAAGCCUGGCCUACAGAUAAUAAAGGAAGAGAACCAGAACGGAGAGAAGGGGCUGGGAUUGGUCGAUCGCUGGAAUCCAUGGCAGCACGAGCCAAUAGAAGCCAAUCAAAUGACGGCGCUGGAUAUAGAGCUGCAGCAGCUGAGAAUGGCCUGUGAAGAGACAUCAUCAACACUACCGGUCUCCCCCAAGGACCAGAGGGCCAGAGAGUGGCUGUAAAAGAGCUGCUCUGCUCAAGGACUGUGUGGGAGAGAUGGAGAAGGAUAGGGAGGGGCUGGUUUUUCUGGAGAGAGACUGUGGAGUUCUUUGGGUGGUACCUCCAGGAUCAUUGGCCAGAAGUAACCCACAAUGAUCCUUGACUAUGUAGGCCCACAUUUCCAUAUUGUCCACAAUCGUCGAUGCUUUCUUUUGCGUAUGCAAUAAAUGAUGUCUGAAUCAAGACCGCGGGAAGCGAUCCGCUGAGGCCCUGCAUAUUAAAUUGUGUUCUCAAACACGUCCUCAAGAACUCCUUUUUAAUGUUUAACUGACAUCAACCGCAUUGUGGACUGUGUACAGCAUUUGGUUUGUCAGUUUAAAAUAAAUAUUGGACUGGCUCAAAUACAACUCCACUAUCCCUAGGCCUUUACGGGUAUACCAGUUUGACAGAAAAACA